UGUAUAUAAAGGAAGGGAAACACUUGUGUUUUUGCAUCGAACAAAACACUUGACACAUAUCAAAAAAAAAAAAUCAAUCAAGAAAUGGCGAUGUCAGGAACAUAUGUGGCGGAAGUACCGCUGAAAGGGUCGGCGGAGAAACACUAUAGGAGAUGGAGGAGCCAAAACAACCUCUUCCCGGACGCCAUCGGCCACCAUGUCCAAGGUGUCACCGUCCACGACGGCGACUGGAAAUCCCACGGUUCCAUCAAAUCCUGGAACUACACACUCGAUGGGAAGCCGGAAGUCAUCAAGGAGAAGAGAGAUAUAGACGACGAGAAGAUGGCAUUGACGUUCAGAGGACUAGAGGGGCACGUGAUGGAGCAGUACAAGGUGUAUAACGUCAACUUACAGUUCAUUCCCAAGUCGAAGGAAGGCUGCGUCUGCAAAGUCACUCUGAUAUGGGAGAAGCGCAAGGAAGACUCCCCCGAACCAGUCAACUACGUGAAGUUUGUCAAGAGCUUAGUUGCUGACAUGGACGACCACGUCCUCAAGGGCCAGAACAAAGCUUAAAAACCUCAUGGACCAUGGUCAUCGUCGUAAAUUAUCCUUAUGCAUGUGUGUCUUUAAUUUGUGUUUGUCUCGUACGUGCCUUUUAUCACCCGCCUCUACAUGUUAUGCUAAUGAUAAUGGCGGUCUUGUAUGCUUAUGUAUCAUCUCUGUCUGUGAUGUUGUUAUAUGCGUGUUCGUAAGAAAAUAAGUGUGUGCUAGUUAUACGAUUUUGUGUCAGAUAUAUAUAUAUAAGGCGGAUGUAUAUUAGUCUCAUGACUCUCACUAUCUAUCUCAUAAUUAAUUUUAAAACAGAAAAAAGAAAGAUUUUCAUGAGGGGAGGUAUUGAUUAACCAAAAUCCAAAAUAUCCAUUAUUCUGAAACAAAAUCAGACAUACAAAAGAAAACAUGCAAAUCUUUUCUCCGUCUUAAGACUCCCACCUCAAAGUUGCUCUUUUUUUUCUUUUCUGAACCAUUUUCUACUUGCUUUCGAUUUCCGACCGUGACACUGUUCACUCUAUUCAAUUCGAGUUUUCUGAUACAUAUGAUUUUAACCUGUAGUUUGAUAGUGAGGGAAUGUUUAAUAAGGCCCAUUAGGAAUUAUUCGGCCCAUAUAUGUGGGGUAGCAAAAGUUGACUAUAAUCAACCAUCAACCGCCUCGUGCCCUUUUUUUAUACAUCAUAGGACAUAAAGGAUCAAAUGUCACAGUCACUCAACUAUAUACCAAAGGGUCACGAGUGAAGUCUACGACCACCUGACCUCUGUCUGUUUUUAUAAUCUCUUAAACAUGUUCCUAAACCAGUUUCAAAUUUUCAUUUACAAAGAACAUCUGCAUUUCCCAUUUUCACACAUAGUAUGGAAUUAUUUAUGCAAUUGACCCUGAACUAUAUCUUUCACAACAAAAAGGUGGACAUUUUUUUUUGGUGUAGUA